GCUGUCUCCGCGUCCCGGAGAGCUGCGAGCGUCCCCGCAGCGCGGAGUCGAGCUGCAGCGAGCCGAAGGGGCCAGCGACAGCAGGCGGCAGCGGCCCGCAGCCGGGAGCCAGAUCCAGAACCGAAUCUAGAUCCGUGGCGGCGGUGAGGCGGCGGAGAUGUGCGCGGCGGGGAGGUGCUGGGCCCUGCUGUUCUGCGUCCUGCUGUCGGCGUGCGAGGCGGCGUGGGGACAGCUGCGGUACUCCGUGCCCGAGGAGAUGCCCAAAGGAUCCUUCGUAGGCGACGUGGCCAAGGACCUGGGGCUGCAGAUGACAGCGGUCAUUGAGAGCGGCGUCCGGCUUCUCUCGGAAGGUAGGACGCAGUAUUUCUCUCUGCACGGGAAGACGGGACAUUUGGUGACGGCGGAGAGGAUAGACAGAGAGCAGCUGUGCGAAGAUGAGCAGCAAUGCAUGCUGCGGUGUGAGCUGAUAGUGGAGGGGGAAAUGAAAGUUUAUGAAAUCGCGGUGGAAAUCAGAGACAUUAACGACAAUGCCCCCAGCUUCCGAGAGGCAGAAAAAGAACUGAGAAUGAGCGAAGCGGCAGCCCCGGGAUCUCGGUUUCCCCUGGUCGAGGCUCACGACCCGGAUAUGGGGACAAAUUCCCUGCAGAGCUACGAGCUGAGCGGCGACGAGCACUUCUCUCUGACCGUGCAGGCUGGACCAGGCGGUGUUCAGCCUCCCGAGUUGGUGCUAGACAAGGCACUGGACCGGGAGGAGGCAGCGUUUCAUGAGCUGGUGCUGAAGGCGAGUGACGGCGGGAACCCUUCGCGGACGGGCACGGCGCGAAUCCGUGUGGUCGUGCUGGACGCGAACGACAACGCGCCUGUGUUUAGCCAAGCGGAGUACACGGUACGUGUACCCGAGGACGUCACCUUGGGCUCCACCCUCGUCAUUGUAACAGCCACUGACCCCGACGAGGGGAUGAAUGGGCACGUGAAAUACUCAUUGAAGAAAAUCACCGAGAAAGCCUCGAAGAUUUUUCAGCUGAACGUUGAGACAGGAGCAAUCACAAUUAAUCGGAGCUUAGACUUUGAGCAGGGAAAGUCCUACGAACUGGAAGUGCAGGCAGACGACGGGGGUGGACUUUCUCACACUGCGAAAGUUGCAAUCUCAGUGACAGAUGUCAAUGAUAACGCGCCUCAGAUUUCGGUGCGUUCGUCACUAAGCGAGAUCUCUGAGGACACUCCGUCGGGCACGGUAGUGGCCCUGCUGCACGUGCAGGACCGGGACUCCGGGGCCAACGGCCAGGUACGGUGUUCCCUGGAUCCUGGCAUCCCAUUCCGCCUGCAGAGUUCCCAGGGCAGCUACUACAGCCUGGUGACAACGACGGAGCUGGACCGGGAGGAGGUGUCGGAGUACAAUGUCACGGUGAGGGCGGCCGACGGCGGGUCGCCUUCGCUGUGGAGCAGCACGGUACUAACCCUCAAGGUGCUGGACGUGAACGACAACGCGCCGGUGUUCAGCGAGGCGAGCUACAGCGCCCAGCUGCCCGAGAACAACGCGGCGGGCGCGCUGGUGCUGACGGUGCGGGCGCGGGACGCGGACUGGGGGCAGAACGCGCGCGUGCGGUACCGGCUGGGCGAGGGUCGGGUGCGGGGCGUGCCACUGUCGUCGUACGUGUCGGUGCAGGCGGAGACGGGCGCGCUGUACGCGCUGCACUCGUUCGACUACGAGGAGGUGCGCGAGGUGGGGCUGUGGGUGGUGGCGGAGGACGGCGGCUCGCCGGCGCUGAGCAGCAACGUGUCGGUGCGGCUCGUGAUCGUGGACGAGAACGACAACGCGCCGCAGGUGCUGUACCCGCCGGCGGCGGGCGUGUCCGGGGCCGGUGUGGGUGGGUGGUCGGGGGUGGAGCUGGCGCCGCGGUCGUCGGAGCCCGGGGCACUGGUGGCCAAAGUGGUGGCGGUAGACGCGGACUCGGGGCAGAACGCGUGGCUGUCGUACGAGCUGGCGAAGGCGACGGAGCCGGGGCUGUUCCGCGUGGGGCUGCACAGCGGCGAGGUGCGCACUGCGCGCUUCCCGCUGGCCCGCGACGCUGCCCGGCAGAGCCUGGUGGUACUGGUGAAGGACCACGGGCGGCCGGCGCUGUCGGCUACGGCCACGCUGACAGUGGUGCUGGCCGAGAGCGUGGCUGAGCUGCUGGCCGAGCUUGGCAGUGAGGCAGCAGCGGCGGGGCCGGGCGAGGCGGCGGGCAGCCUGACGCGCUGGCUGGUGCUGGCCGUGGCGGCCGUCUCCUGCCUCUUCCUCGCCUUCGUACUUCUGCUGCUGGUACUGCGCCUGCGGCGCUGGCGCCGCUCGCAGCUGCCUCCUCCGGCGGGUGGUACCUUGCGCGGCGUCCCGGCCACGCACUUCGUGGGUAUCGACGGCGUCCGCGCCUUCCUGAGCUCCUACUCGCACGAGGUGUCCCUCACCGCGGACUCCCGCAAGAGCCAGCUCUGCUUGUCGCCUGGCAACUGCUGCGACACCCUCCCGGCUCGCCCUCUGCCCGACGAGCCUGCUCUGCUGCUCGGGGAAGACCCUGCCGGCGGCCACCCACUCGAUGCCGACGCUGCCCCGGUGACGAUUUUAAAAAGAAGAAGAAACUCCAAAGCCCCUAAACACCUACCACAGUACCACUCACCGCUAGUGGUGGCCAUCAGGCGGCUGCAGUGGCGGCGCGGCGCCUCCGGGUGUCACUGUUGCCCGACAGGGAGCCGCGCAGGAGCCACAGCUGCGGCAGGAGCCGCUGCAGCAUUCGUACAACGCAGGCGGCUCGAUUGCUCGGCGCCGGCGAGAGCGGCAGAAGAGCGGGCAGCAGAGACGAGAGGCAGCGCGGAGUGGGGAGCAGAGGCGUCCGAGCCGGAAACGAGAUCACUGCACUCCGGCGGCUCCUGA